GGCUACGCGGACAAAACCGCCUCCACGGGGCCGCGUCGCUCCCGGCUCCUCAGCUCCCCGCCCCUCCUUCCCGCGGCGCUCGAGGGACCAUGGCCGAUCCCCGCGUGAGGCAGAUCAAGAUCAAAACCGGCGUGGUGAAGCGAUUGGUAAAAGAAAAAGUGAUGUAUGAAAAAGAAGCAAAACAACAAGAAGAAAAGAUUGAAAAAAUGAAAGCUGAAGAUGGUGAAAAUUAUGCCAUUAAAAAGCAGGCAGAGAUCCUGCAAGAGUCCCGAAUGAUGAUCCCAGAUUGCCAGCGCAGGUUGGAAGCUGCGUAUACCGAUCUUCUGCAGAUAUUAGAGAAUGAAAAAGACUUGGAAGAGGCUGAGGAAUAUAAAGAAGCACGUUCAGUACUGGACUCAGUGAAGUUAGAAGCAUGAAAUUUUUCUGUACAGGGUGUUUUUGCAUUAAAUCCUGGGAUCCAUUCCACAAUUCAUUAUUUUGACCACUGCUAGUAUAUUCAAGUAGUAUGAGAAUGUGAUUCUUUUUAUGCAGUUACAUAUAUUUUUCUUUGCUUAAUUUAAUGUGUCAAAUAAAUUAGUUCAUCUAA